AUGAAGUUCACGCUCAUCAUCACCGCCCUCAGCUUCUUCGCGACGUCCGCUGUUGCAACCAGAGAAUGGUCAUACAACGACCACCGCAGAUCUGUAUUCGAAGCAAGUCUAGAGCAAGGCCGGUCCUGUCUAACACCCCCAGCCAAAGCCAAGCAUGCCGACCUCUGCAAGCGUUGGGACGGCCCCCGCUGCCUCGACGACGAAGACAAGCCUUCGCCCUGGGAGAUGAACUACCUCGAACGCAAGACAGCCAAGACCGAGAGGCAGGAGGCUGGAGAUGCGAUCGAGAAGAUCCAUGCACUCUGGAACAAGUGGAAUGCGGAGCAGGCGGACAUGUUGAGCAAGGUGAAGAAGGGAGGAAAGACGUAUGUGGCGCUGCUUGAGGAGAUUGACCAGAACAGUGAGGCUUUUCAGCCCGAAUAUUCCACAAGUGCCAUGUGUCAACGCAUAUUGAGCCUCUUGAACGAGUUGGUCAUCAUGUUUCCUGAUACCACUCAUCCCAGUCCAGACACCAUCCCUCUUGUGCUAUGUCUGCUUUUCCGAUAUCGUGUAGCUCUUGCUUCUACAUUCCCACGUGAAGCCAUAGCGAAGUAUGACGUACUGUGUGCAAGCGAGCGCGUCUCAGCUCCCGUCCCAUGCUACGUCUCCACCCCAGUUUCAGCCACACAGCUUGAUGACGCCACGCUCAUUGCUCUUUCGCACAUCGCGUACAAGUUUCUUGCUGACGACAGGAAAUGGUUGAACCUGCAGCAUUGGGUGCGAUUACUCGAGGCCAAUCAGCAGAGCAUAUUGGAAGCCGAGAAAACUUUCCUGAAAACGAUUGACUACGCCGUUUGCGUUUGA